CCCGCCCGCUCUGUCUCCGUCCCAGGAUGCGGCUUUGACCUCGGCGCCUCUCACUGGCGACUCCUCUGAGGACGAUAUACCUGCCGCGGCAAGCGACGUCGCCAAUACGUCUAUGGGCCAUGCAGACCUCUACGCUCAUCAGUUCACCAACGAACUCUCCCAGCCGUCGAUUCCACCUGCUAAUUCUGCCUCCCUCGAGUCGAAAUCGUCAGAUCUCAAUGCGCGAACUGGUCUGGACAGUCCUCGCGAGUUAACUCUACCUCCCGGAGGCCUUGGCUCGGAUCCCCCGCUUGCGUCUAUGCGUGUUGGAAUUCCGCAUGACCUUACGACCACUGGUGAUGAAGUGUCAAUGUCUGGGUGCCCCUCUUCGCCUGGCCUGCUGUUAUCUCAGAUUUCCAGUCUGUCGCUGGACGCCAAUGAAUUUGGAGGAGCCGGAGAUCACAACGAAGACGCCAACAAGCUCGACUCUGGGUCAAUGUGUGCAAGAGACUCUGCUUCGCUACCUGAAGUCGAAGAUGCUGUCCACUCGUCUGCUAUAGACUGCGUUACUGCUUGUCAUGGAUUCUCCCUUCCCUGCGAAUCUUUACCGGCCGAGGACAGCACUUUGAGCGUGAUAGCAUCUUCGCCACCUUCUUCGAGCCCACCUUGUCCGUCCUCAUCCCAGCCACAGUCACUCUAUGACACUCCGCCCUCUUCCAGCCCUCCAGUAGAGGCGCCCUGGGAUGUCGAUUGCGGCCUGACAAGCUCGUCGACGACUCAAGUGGACGUAUCUGCUAGUCUAGGUACCACGUCCAAGCGAGCGCUCGAAAUCGACGAAAGUGACGACGAACACAGGCCCCGGAAGAGAACGAGGUCGGACUCGGUGUCCGACCGCAGCCCUCCACAGCCGAUUCGUCCCACUCCCGCAUCGCAAGCGAAGCAAUACAAAAAGCUAGCCGCUCCCUUUCGCUCCCCGGUCAUCAAGGGGCCUCUGGUUCAGGGCGGACUACACGCGGUGUACGCCUCUGGCCGUGCUGCGUCCAUGGUUGUCCGUAAGCUGCCUGAGGACGAGAACAUCGCGAAGCCCGAUGUCUCCGUGGAACCCGCGAGUCUCGUGGCGAACAAAGACCGUACGGCGAAGGCCGCGAAACAAUUCAAGUCUCCGGUGCAGCCCACCAGCCCCAACACCGUUACCUCUUCCAAGUUCACUCCCGCCUCGGGUACGUUCUCGCGCAUCGGGGCGGCACCUACUAUACAAGCCCUUCAGGGCCAAGUACAGACGCUCAAGCAGGCCAUCAAGAUCAAGAACUCGGGUGACAGGGACGAAGAUCAGGUUCUCGAGCAGCUCGUCGAGAAGUGGACGGAGGUCGGGAGAGAGGUUGCAUGGGCAGUCUGGGGCUAUGUCAAGGACCUCGAUCCCGGUCCUGGCGAGCAGCAGAAGAGCGGGUGGUUUGCUGACGAAGACGAGGUCAAAGCUGGGCGGAAGAGAGGAUUCGACUCGAAUUGGGGAUAUGGUGAGGAACCUGCUCGGAAAAAGGGCAAGACAGAGAGCGAUGCGGAGGCUGAAAGUACUGAAGAUGUGGAGCCGCCGGUUGUGCAGCAUACCGUAGGUGUCAUGUUGCGGCGUCUGGGGAUUGACCCGGACACACUGGGGUGGAACGAGGACGAGGGGGACUUCGUUGACGUGUGACUCCCUGCCUUUCGUACUUGUUGCUUGCCCCGUCGCUCUAUACUCAGUCGCAAAAUCAUUUCUGAUACUCGAGACUGCUAGUCGUACAUUCUUGUCCAUUCAUCCCCGUUCUGCAUGGUAUUUUUACUGCUACC